AUGUCGUCCGCGGGGGACGUGUCGGAGAAGCGACACAAGAAAGACAAACAUAAGAGCAAAGAUGGCAGAGACAAGGAAGAGAGGAGGCGCGAUAAACAUGCGAGAAAGGAGGCGAAAGCCGCUGCUGCUGCUACCGCAUCAUCAUCGCAAGGGUCAGAGUCGAGAAACGGAGGGGCAGUGCUUGGGGAGGCCGAGUCCGCGUUCAGAUACGUCUAUCCUGUGAUGCAGGUCUCUGCCCCGCCCGUUCUCGCUCACAAUCCCAAACGGGCAGUCCAAGAGCUCUUGGACACGCUUCUCAUGCGAUAUGUGCCCCAGCUCGAUGGAGUGCUCCUGGCCCACCGGCAGAUUACAUUGACAAGGUCUCACGCAUGCAUCGACUCGAACAGUGCCUAUGCCUCGUUUCCCGUCGGCCUCACGGCCCUCGUCUGGGCACCCCGGAUAGGGAUGCGGCUCGAGGGCCAGCUUAAGCUGUCCACGCCAUCGCACAUCUCCCUCUUGGUUCAUGGCAUCUUCAAUGCCUCCAUCACGGCUGCCCACCUUCCCUCGACAAAGAGCCCGACAAUGACGGUAGAGGACGAGCAGUAUGAAUGGCACAAUUUUGAAGACGGCGAGGAGUACGCUGAGCCAAAUGAGGACGGAGAGACGGGCGCCGAGGAAGCCAACGGAGACGAGGAGAUGAUGACCGGAGAGAAGAGCACCGGGUACUGGCGCAACAGAGAGACAGGCGCGCGGCUGGGCGAGGACACAGAUGGCAGAGUCUCGUUCACCGUCGUUGGCCUCACGAUUGCCAACAAUCUUCUGUCCCUCUACGGCUCGCUGCUCAAGGCUCCCUUUAGCGUACCGGCUCCUUCGACUGCAUCGACGUCGACUGAGCCAGCACGGCGGGUGCGCUUCCGGUUCCAGGAAGAUGACGAUGAUGACGAUGACGAUGACGACGACGAGGAAGAAGGAGGUGCCGAUGCGGGCAGGGCGCCGCCCAAUGGAAGAGCAGUCGGGGCACCGGAGCUUGUAGAGAGCCACCGAAAGCGGAAAAAGGAGCGACGGAGCGAAGGACCCCGGCGCAAGGAUGAAGCCAGCGCUUCGGAGGGCGAAAGCGAAGGAGAGUCGUCUAGCCACAGCAAGCGAGAGAAGAAGCGGAGAAAGAAGGCCGAAGGCCAUUCUUGA